CAUGCAUGGAUGCAUGUGCGGCCAGUGAGAGGCAGCGCUGUGGCGGAGCUUGUUUAUGUGGAGUGCUGGGUCGGGGUUCCGCCCACCGAGCUAUCUCUGAUUGCAGGGCAGACAGGCAGCAGGCAGAGAGAGUGUAAAAUGGCGCACAGCUGUCGGUGGCGGUUCCCCGCUCGGCCCGGAGGGAGCAGCAGCUCCGGCAGCGGCAGGAGAGCGGGCCGGGUCCGGGUCACCGCCUCUCUGCGGAGCGUCUGCUCGGGCGCCCAGCAGCCCGGGAGCAGCGCGGUAGCGGAGCUCAGACCCGGCUUCGACGCUGCACUACAGGUCUCCUCGGUGAUCGGGAGCAACCUGCAGAAAUUUCGGGAUGUUUUGGGGGAACCGAGCGACUCGAGCAGCGCGGAGGAAGAAGCAUUUGGAGGAUUUGGAAUUAUCCCUGAGCAGACAGGAACACAGAGCCCCUCAACCACUUCUUCAGCAGGUCCAUCCGUACAGGAGAAAAAGCCCAGAGGUCGUCCUCCAAGGGCUCUGGCUAUCCAGAAAACUGCUACAAGUAUACCUUCCUCAUCAUCCCAUACCUCCCAUAACCAGACAAAGCUUGAGGGUCCAGAAAGGCCGGCAGAGAAAGUCAAAAGGCUUCCUGGGAGGCCACCUGGCACUGGGGAGAAGAGAAGAGGCCGACCACCGUCUUCAAUUAGCAAGAAAGCUUGGAGUACAGGCAGCCAUGCUCCAGGAGAAGAUGGUAGGCCAGCUAGGUUUGAGUUGGGUGUGGACACCGAGGAGGACAAGGACAAAAAGGGCACCAAAAGGCUCGGGGUGAUCUCUGCUCAGCCUCAUGACAAUGAGGCAAAACUUUCGCUGGGUGGACGGGGUGAAUCCAAAGUUAACAAACUGAAGAGACUGAAAGAGACUAAAAUCACACCUCUCAAGUCCCGCCUCAAGUCUUUGCCUGGUGUACCUCGACGCAGACGCGGUCGACCGCCCUCAGCUGAGCGACUAAAAGCUGAAGCAGCAGCUGCUGCUGCACAGCUGUCUGCCUCCAUAGAAGGUGGCGAAGGGAAACAUAAAGCAUUUAGGGUCAGAGGUGGAGACAGAAGCACAGAACUGCACACAACUCAGCAGUCCAUGCUGAGGAAUGUGGGUGGUGCUGUGGACCAGGACUUUUCAAAUCCUCCUGCCUCCCCGUCUCCCUCAAAACCCGGCAGGCCGGUAGGCCUCAGAAAAAGCCCUCGGCAUAGAAAGCCGGUCAGAAUUGUCCCUCCUUCUAAACGGACUGAUGCAACCAUCGCAAAACAGCUGCUGCAGCGGGCUAAGAAAGGGGCUCAGAAACGACUAGAGAAAGAAGCUGUAGCCAUCGGAGGUACUGAUGUUGGGAUCAGAAACACCCAGCUAAAGAACAUCAGGCAAUUCAUUAUGCCUGUUGUUAGCACUGUUUCCCAUCGUGUAAUCAAAACUCCUAAGCGCUUUAUUGAAGAUGAGAGCAGUUUUGGGACCCCGCCAUCCCAUCCAAAGAUUGCACGGCUAGAAACACCUACGUCGUCCGUUUCCACGUCUGCCCAACCAACAUCCACCACCUCCUCAUCCCCUACUCCUGCAGUUGUCUCCGUUACACCCACUGUUACCAGCAGUGGUACAACCGCUCCUAUGGACUCCCUCCCUCCUCCAUCAUCUCCUGCCCCCAUCCCCACUGCCCCAUCAGCGGCUGCCAGUCUGAUCAACACCAACAGCAACAAUGCAGCCAAUGGUAGAGUUAGCAGUGGCGCUCCUUCUUGCGGCUCAAGUGCGAUGUCGCCUCACUCCUCGCAACUCUCCUCAGCAGAGUCUUCCAGGUCCAGCAGCCCAAGCUUGGAUGACUCCUCGUGCGACUCCCAGGCUUCUGAGGUCACACAGGCUUUGUCAGAACCAGAAGAUCAUUCUCUGUCCUCUCAAGGGGAGAGGGAGGCCAGCCUAUUACACAGCUCACGGCCUCCAUCUCCUUCUUCUGAACCAGAGCCAGAUCAUGUCUUGGCAGCGAGGAGUCGAAGGGGCCGAAGAUCACAGGGGCUAGGUCGGGGGAGUCAAAAACACAGAGGGAGAGAGACCAUCACCACUGGGGGUAAAAAACCACUCAUCAGCCCACCGACAGGAGUGCUUAUGUCAUCCUCUAGUCUUGUCAACUCCCAACAAGCUUCAUCAACAGCUUCAUCUCCCUCUUCUCCUCCCCCUCCUCCCCUCAUGACCCUUCCACAGCCUACCCAGUCAAGUUCCUCCAAUACAUCUGCUAUCAGUGAACACCACCCUCAGCCAUCCUGGAUGCCUCACCCCAUGCCACCAUUUAUGCCUGGGACAUCUGUGCUGUCCAGCCUGUCGGACAAACGAAAUCGCUCAAUUCUAAGAGAGCCCACCUUCCGCUGGACAUCCUUGUCAAACCCCAAACAGCCGUACUUUUCUUCUGCUAAAUAUGCCAAGGAGGGCCUGAUCCGAAAGCCUAUAUUUGACAAUUUCCGUCCUCCCCCUCUCACCCUUGAAGAUGUAGGGCUGUUGCCGCAAGGUGUUACAGGAACGGGGGCACCUGCUUCAGUUGCUUUUCCAGCUCCAGGCACUGGAGCAGGAACAGGGACUCGUCUGUUUGCCCCCCUCCACCACCAAACCCAUCACCAACAUCCCUCGACAUCCCGGUUUGACGCACCCCAUCCAAAGCGCAGCCCUUUGCUACGUGCUCCUCGUUUUACACCUAGUGAGGCCCAUUCUCGAAUAUUUGAGUCCGUUACCCUCCAGUCCUCUUCUGGGAGCAGCCCUGGUUCUCUCUCCCCACAUCAGAGGUCUUCUAGUUCUAGCAGAAGCUUGCGGCGGAGGAGACGACUGGUCCCUGGAGCACCACGAGGCCAUCCACGGUCUCCAUCACACUCUAUGACAAGACGCAGCAGCCAAAUGGAUGGCCGGAUUUCUGUGGGCAAAGGCCCAUCUGAGAUGUCUGUGCUGACAGGCUCUGUUUCCAGUAGUAACCCCAGUUCUUUGCCAGGGGUUUCUGUAAGUCCACUAGCCACUAGUGCCUUAACGUCUGGUCCAUUCAGCCCCUUCAAUGUCCCUAGGGGUCUGGGCUCACAAGGAACACCUGAAAGCAGAAGAGGUGCAACUGGAAACCCAUCUCCUAUGUCAACUACAUCAUCUGCUUCUUCCCCAGUUUUCCCCCUCUUUCCUUCCAGUGCUCAGGACACAGGGCGAGGAGCUGGGAAAGGAAGUAAAGAAAAAAGCCUGGCGGUUCCCCAAGAAACAGUUCCAAAGGAAAAAGAAAGGGAUUCCGAGAAAAAUCGUGAGAAAGAGAAGGAAAAUAAGCGAGACGGUAGAAAGGAUUUGGAGAAAAGAAAUAAGGUGUCUACACCUGAUGGCUCCCCCAGUGCACCUUGCAGCUUGUUUACUGUGGAUGGGAGGGACUCAGAAGGUACUAUUUUACCUCUUGCACCAAAAAAGACUCCAGGGAGAAAAAAAUCGACUUCGGUAGACACAGUUCCUGACACUGCUUCCUCAGAUGGACGUGGACUUCAUCACAUAUCUAUCUCUAAAGGACGUCUACCGAAGAAAAGCAAACCCUUGGAGAAAGGAGCAGAGAUAGAAGACGGGGAAAAGGAGAAAGAGAAGCGGAAUACGCCUAACCAGCAGACAGCAAACCUUCCAGGGCAACCAGUCAAACAUCAGCCCCCCAUCUCUUUGAUGGUAAAACAAACAGAACAGCCUUCUCUGACUGACAGGCGGCUAGUUGGACUACUUAAGAAGGCCAAAGACCAGCUCAUUGCGAUAAAGAAGAAUAAGCUGAAGCCUGGAGAUCAGACUAAGGUCCAGAGUCAGGAGAGCGACUCAUCAGAGACCUCAGUUCGUGGUCCACGCAUCAAGCACGUUUGCCGUCGUGCUGCUGUGGCUCUGGGUCGUAAUCGGGCAGUGUUUCCUGAUGACAUGCCCACACUUAGUGCCUUGCCUUGGGAAGAGAGAGAGAAGAUCCUAUCUUCCAUGGGGAAUGAUGACAAGUCCUCAGUAGCUGGCUCGGAGGAGGCAGAGCCCCAGUCUCCUCCUUUAAAACCACGGGAGACGCGGCAAAAGGCUGUUCAAGAAGCUCCUCCCAAGAAGGGGCGUCGCUCACGCCGCUGUGGCCAGUGUUCGGGCUGCCAGGUUCCAGAGGAUUGUGGCGUCUGUACAAACUGUCUCGACAAGCCCAAGUUUGGAGGACGAAACAUUAAAAAGCAAUGUUGCAAGAUGAGGAAGUGUCAAAACUUGCAGUGGAUGCCCUCUAAGAUCUUUCUUCAAAAACAAGGCAAAGGCAAGAAGGACAAGAAAAAAAUCAAGCUGUCUGAAAAAAAGGAGGGUCUCAAUCCAGUGAAAGGACCUAGCUCAGAGUCUGGCCCCAAACCUACUCCUGCUCCACCAAAGGAGGAACCUGCCCGUAAAAAGAGUGAAACUCCACCGUUAAAGCUGGGAGAUGAGAAGUCAAGACAGCAGCAGGGGUCAAAGCAGUCGUCUCCAGCCCUCACCUUAUCCCCUGCCACCGUCGAGCCUGUUGACGCCGCCAGUACGGUCACUUUCCAGGAUCAGUCUCCAGCUCUGACUCCAGACUCCAAACAGCUCCCAGUCACAAGCACUUCCAGUGUUAAAAAAGGCCAUAAACCACAGCAGCCGGCCAUAACCUCUGCCUCCACGUCUUCUUCUUCCACUUCAUCAUCUUCCUCGUCUUCAUCAUCUUCCUCCUCGUCCUCUUCAGCCCAGAAUUCCCCUUCCCAGACGACUCUUUGCCCUCUGCCAACGCAACAGCAGCAAUGGCCACUUUCCAGUCAGACCUCCUCCAAAAAAGAAGCUUCACCCAAGACUUCUCUGAACGAACCCAAGAAGAAACCCCAGCAGCACUCAACACAGCAGCACAGCUCAGUCACAACAGGCGAUUCAAAACUAUUAAAAAAGCCAGCUUCUCGCUCCGUUCCUCCAUCUCCUAAACAGAGACCAAAAGACAAGCCACUGACCACUAAACCUCUGAGCAGCAGUUCUUUAAACUUGAUGGGCACUCCCUCGACUAGGAGCCAGAUUAAGACCUGGACGCCCUGCGACGGAGUGCAUCGUAUCAGAGUGGAUUUCCAGAGGGACCAAGAUGUGGAGAAGGUUUGGGAGGCUGGCGGCCUCAGCCUGCUCACCUCUGUGCCUGUGACACCAAGGGUGCUCUGUUUCCUGUGUGCAAGCAGUGGAAAUGUUGAGUUUGUCUUUUGCCAGGUCUGCUGUGAACCGUUCCAUCUCUUUUGCCUGGGGGAGUCAGAGCGCCCUCUCCAGGAGCACUUUGAGAACUGGUGCUGUCGAAGAUGUCGAUUCUGCCAGGCCUGCGGGCGCCAGCACCAGAAAGCUAAACAGCAGCUGCUAGAGUGUGACAAGUGCCGCAACAGCUAUCACCCAGAGUGCCUGGGUCCCAACUACCCUACCAGACCCACCAAGAAGAAAAGAGUCUGGAUUUGCACCAAGUGUGUGCGAUGCAAGAGCUGUGGAGCCACUAAACCUGGGAAAUCCUGGGAUGCCAAAUGGUCACAUGAUUUCUCCAUGUGUCACGACUGUGCCAAACACUUUGCAAAAGGGAACUUAUGCCCACUCUGCGACAAAUGCUAUGAUGAUGAUGAUGACUAUGACAGCAAGAUGAUGGAAUGCGGCCGCUGCAACCACCGGGUUCAUGCCAAGUGUGAGAAUCUUACAGAUGAAAUGUACGAACUGCUAUCGAAGCAUCCAGACGGUGUUGCCUUCACAUGCACCAAAUGUACUGAACGCCAUCCUGCCGAGUGGAGGACAGCACUUGAGAGGGAGUUUCAUGGCUGCAUUCGCAACGUUCUUAAUGCACUGCUAAACUCACGCACAUCCACACACCUGUUACGCUACAGACAGGCGGUGAAACCUCCGGAUCUGAACCCGGAGACAGAGGAGAGUCUUCCAUCCCGUCGUUCUCCUGAAGGCCCAGAUCCUCCAGUGCUCACUGAAGUUACCCCCACAACUCCCAGUGACUCCCCUCCAGACCUGGACUCUGUCGAGAAAAAGAUGGAGCAAGGGCGUUACAAGUCAUUGAUGGAGUUUAGUGAUGACAUUGUGCGAAUCAUUCAGACAGCCAUCAACAGUGAUGGAGGACAGCUGGAGAGAAGAAAAGGCAACAGUAUGGUGAAGUCUUUCUUCAUUCGGCAAAUGGAGCGAAACUUCCCAUGGUUCAAAGUGAAAGAGUCCAGGUUCUGGGAAAGGCAAAAAGUGUCUGCCAACAGUGGGCUCCUUCCCAACGCUGUGCUCCCUCCAUCAUUGGACCAUAACUAUGCCCAGUGGCAGGAGAGACAGGAGCUUUCCCGUGCUAAGCACCCCCACUUCAUGAAAAAGAUAAUUCCAGCCCCCCUGCCCAAGAACCCCAGCGAACUGGACUCACCAGCCUCUCCUCCUCCUCUCCCUCCCUCUCUGCCUCCACCAUCCACACUUUUACCAGAUCUUGAAGAAAGCCCAGAACUUCCUCCCCCGCCAGGCGUCACUGAUAACAGGCAUUGUGUUCUGUGUCUCAAGUAUGGAGACGAGAACACUAAUGAGGGUGGCAGGUUGCUGUACAUCGGUCAGAACGAGUGGACCCAUGUGAACUGUGCUCUGUGGUCUGCUGAGGUGUUUGAAGAUGAUGAAGGCUCUUUGAAAAAUGUUCACUUGGCUGUUCUCAGGGGAAAACAACUGCGCUGUGAGAAGUGUCAAAAGACAGGGGCUACAGUAAGCUGCUGCCUCACCUCUUGCACCAGUAACUACCAUUUCAUGUGUGCCCGCCAGUGCCACUAUGUCUUUUUGGAAGACAAAAAAGUCUGUUGUCCAAAACACAGGGACCUCAUCAAAGGAGAAGUUGUGUCUGGGUUUGAGGUGAGCCGCAGGGUCCUGGUGGAUCUGGAGGGCAUCAGUCUCAGAAGGAAGUGGUUGGCUGGAUUGGAGCCCGAAAAUGUCCACAUGAUGAUAGGCUCCAUGACAAUUGAUUGUUUGGGAAUACUGACGGAACUCUCAGACAGCAAACGCAAACUUUUCCCUCUAGGAUACCAGUGCUCAAGGGUGUAUUGGAGUACUCUGGAUGCUCGGAAGCGCUGCGUCUACACUUGUAGGAUAUUAGUUUGCCACCCUCUUGUGACAGAAUCUGACCUGAAGAACAUCAUGGCUCCUGAGGAGAAUCACACAAUUGCACACAGCCCAUCUCCCAUACCAGAUGUAGACUUUCCUGAUCCGUUUGAGUCACCAAGGCGCUCCGAUACCCUUUCCCCUGCCAACACCCCAAAGCUCCGUGUUUACACAAGAAACCGACACCCCAGCUACCCCCUCUGUCAGAACUCAAUAGGCUCCAGGCCCAUGCCAUCCCCAGGAGUUACCUUGCAGCCCCAAGGCCAGGAGGCUGUGACAGUGGGAGAAUCCCCGGCAAAUCCGAGCAUGCGGAACAUUGACUCACGGCGUCACAGCUCCCCUUCUCUGUCUCUUCCUUCAAACCAGUUGAACAGACAAAGAGGGAUGGCCUCUCCACCUCAGAUUUUGUCACAACCGCUUAUCUCAGCCCCUCCACUAAUCCCCUCCCCUGCAAGAGACCCCGAAAAGUCCAAACACCUCAGUAAAGACUCAGGAAGGAGUCCACUCCAGAAAGAUGAUGAAAGAGGUAGACCGUUCUCCACAGACAAAAACAGACUGCAACCAACCAGAGACCAAGGUUCGAGAGAUGCAGAGAAGGGCAGACCGUCAAGUCAUGACGACCCUUCCAAGGACUCUGACAAGAAUAGAUCAUCCAGAGAGAUUGGCCAAAAAGACUCUGAGAAGGGCGAAUUAUCAGCCAAAAAGCCAGAAAAAAAGAUAUCAUCAAGUAAAGACUCGGGUCUGAAGGAAACUGAGAAGGUGAAACCUCUCAGUAGAGAUCCGUCAAGAGACUCAGAAAAGGGGAGGCAAGCAAACAGAGACUUUGAGAAGGGGAGACAAAAAAGCAGAGAGUCAAACAGUAGAGAGACGGAUAAGAGUAGAUCAACUUCUAGAGAUACUAACUACAAGGAUACAGAUAAAGCAAAGUCGCUCAGUAGAGAUAUGGGACUAAGAAAUACUGAGAAGCAUAAGCAAUAUGGCAGGGAAUCGGUAAAAGACUCAGGCCAAGGUAAGGACAGACCUUCUGGCAAGGACUCUGACAAGGGUAGACCUUCUUCUAGAGAUUCCAGUUAUAGCAGAGAAAGAAAUAAAGAUUCUUGCUCGGGGAUGGAUAGUAACCCAGGUAAUCAGUCCAAACAGACUGCAAGUGAGAGUAAGAGCCCAAGACUUGUAUCUGGAAGCUCAGGCCAGUCUUCCCCAACGGUGGGCACUGCUGUUCUCUCAGGUCACCAGAAAAGUGGCAGCACCAAACAGGUAGAGAAGCAAGGAAAGUAUGGAAGCAGAGACCAGGAUGUUUCUGUAGGCAUCAAUGUGUUACCUCGUCGCAGGACAAUCCCUGCUUCUAGCAUCAUCCCGUGCAAGGAGAAGCCCAGCUCAGGGAAGGAGAGUAGUAGUGGUUCCAAAAAUGUAAUACCAUCUCCACUCCAUAUUCUUCAUAAAGAUGCUAGGGUUGGGAAAUCCAGCUCCCCACAGAAGUCCAAUUCACGAAAAUCGAAUGAUUAUUCAUCAGGUCCAGCCACAGCAGCAGCUGUGAAGACUCUGUGGUCGUCAAGGACAUCGGCAGAAGACGAUGCUGUGAAACGGGGCUCUGUGCACCUGGCCUCCCCGGCUGCAGCCUCGGCUGCAAAAGACAGACACCCCAAAGAUAAGGCAGCAGGCAGCAGAGAUGUGUCCAAAGACAGAGAUAAAGAGAAGAACCUUCAAAAUAGCAACAGCAACAAAAUUCCACUUCUCAACAAUAAUACAAAAGCAACUGGCAGCUCUAACAUACAGGCUUCAAACUCCAGCUCUUACAACAACAGCAAUAUCAAAGCUCCAGUGCUCGGAAACAGCACCAGAGCCCACGGGAAAGCUCAGGGGGAGAGGCACGAGAACCAAGGAGGGGAGAGAUCAUCCUCCAAGGGUCGGGAGAAUUACUCCUGUUCAGAGAGGAAGAAUAGCUCCAGUCUGGAAAGCUUACAGCACCUCCAACAGAGUAGUUUAGCUGCUGAGAAAGGGGGGAAGAUGUCUACUCAGUCUCACAUCAAACAGACAGCUAACCAGGUGCAGCUGGCUUCCAGAGAGAAAAGGAGAACUCUUAAACCCUCUGCUCCAGUUCUACUAAAGACGCCGGAUACCAGGACAGACCCUAAUGGGACCAGCACCAUUGGUAGCAUUUCUCCAUCCUCCUGUCCCACAAGCACUGCCUCCUCUUUCUCUCCUGCUGGACAGGGGACUCACCGCUCUGCCCUUUCCGCUCUCUUCUCCUCACCUUCUGCCAGCAGUAGUGAUAGCUCGGAAUCAGACACUCAGACUCAGACGGAGGAAGACGAUCUGCGCAAAGAGCACUCGUGCAGUGACCGAGACCACCACAGUCUCCUCACCCAGUGCACGGAGGACGAGGCCGACGGCCCGGAGGACGACCACGCCUGUACUAUGGAGGAUAAGCAUCAUGAGGAUGACAGCGACGGGUCGGGGUCAGCCAAGCGGCGUUACCCUCGGCGCAGUGCGCGGGCUCGUUCCAACAUGUUUUUUGGUCUCACGCCCUUCUACGGGGUUCGCUCUUACGGCGAGCAGGACCUUCCUUUCUACGGUGGCAGUGACGGAUCAGGAGCGAUGGUCAAAAGGAGGACCGGUGGCCAUAACAAGUCCGCUGAGGGGCAAGUGGACGGAGCAGAUGAUAUGAGCACCUCGUCUUCAUCAGGGGACAGUGGAGAUGAUGAAGACAGUGCAAUGAAACACAGGGUUAAAGACCCUUACUACAACUUCACUCGGACGGUGAUCAGCCCCGGUGACGGUCUUCCAUCUAUAGAGGGAUUAGACCAGUGUCUGGGCCGGGGGUCACAGCUUCAGCGCUUUCUAAAAGAUGAAGAGCAGCACCAGCAAAGAGCUCAAGAAAAGACUGAAAAGGACAUCCUGAGUGCUUUGACUUUAGGCAAACAGCAGAUUGGCCAACUUGAUGGUGUUGACGAUGGCUCAGAGAGCGAUACCAGUAUGUGCACCACCAGCACCACAACCACCACUGCCACCUCCUCGUCCACCCCACACAAGAACGCUCCGAAGAGAAGGGGCAGAGAAAGACAUGCUGAGAAACACAACACCCAUGAUUCAAGCAAGGAGGCCGACAACAGCGGUGGAGCAGUAAGUGGCAACACACGAGAAAGCAGAAAGAACCAGAAGGAAAACUGUCUUCCUCUUGGAGGUGCGGUCAAGUCCCAGCCACAGAGUCAAGGUCAGGGUCAGGAUCCUCUCGAGGCCCAGCUGUCCCUCAGCACAGACCUGCUUAAAUCAGACUCUGAUAACAACAACAGCGACGACUGUGGGAACAUUUUGCCGUCAGAUAUCAUGGAGUUUGUUUUGAACACGCAGUCCAUGUCGUUGCCAGCUCUGGGUCAGCAGCCUGAGCCGUCGUCCUCGGAGCUGCUGCUGGACGAGAGCUACGUCGGAGUGGACGUCAACAGGCGUAAAGACAUUCUUUUCGAUGACUUUUCCCAGCCGCUGCCCAGUUCUGAGAGUGGAGGGGUUGUAGAGAGCAGUGUAAACAGCUCCAUAUCUGUAGAAGAGCCCUAUCUCCCUCUAGAGCUGCCAUCCGAUCUGUCUGUCCUGACCACCCGCAGCCCCACUGUCAGCACCAGUCAGAACCACACCACUGGCAGUCUAAUUUCAAAUACCUCAGACGGCACUAUUCUAGGCUUGAACUCUGACCCAGAGGCCAUCGCUGGAGAAAAGAGUGGAGAUAAGAAGAGAGCUGGCUCGAGUGUGUCGCCUUCAGAGAACCAGCACGAAGGUGCGACGUUGGGAAGCAGAGACACGAUCACAGAAGGUCACAUGACUCCUGAGCAGUUUAUUCCAAGCCCUGCUAUCGGUCAAGUGGUCGAACCUCCAUCUAACCAGGAUAUUUCUAGGAGUUCUGGUACUCCUGGUUUGCCAGGUUCUCCCUCUAUGCCUCUUCAGGGUCAAAAGUACCUCCCAGCAUCAGCAGCAGCUGUAAGCAGCCCCAGUCCAGUCUCUGGCUCAGGAACUUCCCAGGCUCAGGUUUCCAGCGCAGCAGUUAUUAAACCAGGCCCUGACAAGCUCAUUGUAGUUAACCAGCAGUUCCAGCCUCUAUAUGUUCUUCAGACAGUCCCUAAUGGUGUUACCCAGAAGAUUAGUGGCACAGGAGUGAUGGACACUACCUCCCCUGCAGUGCUGAGCUCCAUGACAUUGACCACAGGUUUGAAUGCCAGCUUAUCUCCUGCUCAACAGAUAUUUCCUGCUGGUGGCAAAGUCCUGGGUACCAUACCUCAUCCCUCUCAGAUUCACACCUUUACAGGAGCCACACAGGCCGGGUUCCAGACAGGCAUCCCCAGCACCACGUCUGGGCUUCUCAUCGGUCUGCCCUCACAGCCUCACGACCAGCCCCAGAUCCUGGUCUCGGAGGCCGGCCGACCACACGAGCUGGGUCCCAGCGUCGCCAUAGUCUCCAGCCCCUCUUCUCUCACAUCGUCCUCUGCUGUACUUGCGUCAGCUCAUGGCAAGAAAAGGCCAAUCUCUCGUCUGCCAAGAAAAAACAAAAAAUCAAAUCGCUCCCGCAGCCAGCCAACUCUGGCGCCGUCUGAAGUCGGCCCUCCCAACAUGACUCUCAUCAAUUUGUCUUCUCCCGGGAUUACUGCAAGCAUCUCUGGCCAACCUGGUAGCCUGGUUGACUUAAGCACUCUCUCCACUUCCCAACGGAAAGUCCCCAAUAUUAUUAAGAGACCAAAACCAGGUGGGGUUAUGUACUUGGAUCCCACUACUCUCUUACAGCAGAGGAUUCCUGGUCCCGCCCAGACUGGAAUCCUGGCUCAUGAUUCGUCUACUCACCUCCUACCUUGCACUGUCUCUGGUCUCAACCCCAGUCAGUCAGUGUUGAACGUUAUGUCUGUGCCCUCUAGUGGUUCUACGGGCCUUCUUGCUCCAGGAUCAGUGUCACUGUCCACGCCUGUACUCAGCUCUGCAGAGAUCACAGGACCCAUUAGCAACCUCCUUUUUAAAGCAAGUCCACACGCUUUGGGCCUCCAAUCAGCCGGGGGAGCUUCUCUGAUGCCACAACUCAGUUCCCCUGUCCAGACAUCCCUACCUAGCAGUAUCUGCGUUCUGCCUACCCAGCAAACUAUCAACAUGACCGUCAACCAACUAGGAGAAACAGAGGGCAGUAAUGUCCACUUACAACAUCACUCCCAGCCUAUUGGCAGAGUUCAGGCUGUGGACUCCAGUCCAAACAAUAAUGUUUCUUUAUCCCCCAGCUCUUCUAGCCCUUUAAGUUCUGCCAAAGGACAUGUUGUAGGAAUAUUCACGCAAACACAGACCUCUGCACAUUCCCAGAGUAGUAGAACAACACCACUCGUUAGAUCAUCAGAAAAGAGACCGCCUAACUCCACCACAUCAGUGUCAGGGAAGCUUUCUGGAACUGAAAAAAUUAAACAAAAAGUGAAGAGGAGCAAACAGAGUCCAGAUAUCGGCAGUGGAAAGAAGCUGAAGGCCUCUCAGGAAGAGGAUCAUCACAACGAGCCUACGGACCGGCUCACACCCUCAAACCCAAGUUCCAGGGACCUGAGCUCGCCUGAACCCAUGGACACAGGCAAGGCCCGAGAUAAGGCAACACACAAGAGCGUCCUUGGUAAAAAGAAGUCAUCUGAAGGACAGCCUUUGUUGGGGAAGGUGCCAGGUAAAGACAAGCUAUCUGCAGCUGGAGGAGCAGGGUCUCUUCCUAUGGCGUCACCACCCGACCAGGAUAACAACAACAGGGAUUUUGGCUUGGACAGUAAGCCUAAAAAGGGCAUCAUCUUUGAAAUCUGCAGUGAGGACGGCUUCCACAUCCGUUCAGAAAGCAUCGAAGAGGCUUGGAAGUCCCUGACUGACAAGGUGAAGGAGGCCCGCUCCCAUGCACGACUCAAUGAGCUCUCUUUUGAAGGUGUGAAUGGACUCAGGAUGCUCGGAGUCGUUCAUGAAGCUGUGGUCUUCCUCCUGGAGCAGCUGUAUGGAUCCAGACACUGCCGAUCCUACCAUUUCCGCUUCCACAAGCCAGAGGAAACUGACGAACCUCCCCUCAAUCCCCAUGGUUCAGCUCGAGCAGAAAUCAACCACAGGAGGUCUGUCUUUGACAUGUUUAAUUUCCUGGCCUCAAAACAUCGCCAACCGCCUGAGUACCAGCCGCAGGAGAAUGAUGACGAGGAAGGACAGCUAAGGACGGCUCGGCGUGCCUCAGUGGAGAUGCCACUUGCUGCCAGGUUCAAACAGCUCAAGGCCACAUCAAAGGAAACAGUUGGAGUCUACAGGUCUCCUAUUCAUGGCCGAGGUUUGUUCUGCAAGAAAACCAUUGAGACUGGGGAGAUGCUCAUUGAAUAUUCUGGAAAUGUCAUUCGCUCAGUGCUCACUGACAAACGAGAGAAAUACUAUGAUGGAAAGGGGAUUGGCUGUUACAUGUUUCGCAUUGAUGACUAUGAGGUGGUCGAUGCCACGGUGCACGGCAACGCCGCCCGCUUCAUCAACCACUCCUGUGAGCCAAACUGCUAUUCUCGAGUCAUCACUGUUGACGGCCAGAAGCACAUCGUGAUCUUUGCCUCCCGCCGCAUUUAUUGUGGAGAGGAGCUCACGUACGACUACAAAUUCCCAAUAGAAGAUGCCAGCAACAAGCUGCCCUGCAACUGCGGCGCAAAGAAGUGCCGCAAGUUUCUCAACUGAUGCCUGUUUUUAAACGAUGAAAAGAGGACCUUGGAGCAGUCGUGCCACAUGUCCUGAGGACCCCGCCCUGAACGGAGGGUUGCCAUAGCGCCAGCUUUAUGCCAGUUUUUUUGGGGUCUGAUCUACAAAGGACCUCGUCUGCUGCAGGUGUUGACCAAUACAGUGGUUGUGGGUCAUACUUUAUAAGCAGGGAGGUCAUUUGGAGGACGGGUCAUUUGAGAAAUUACAUUUUGUGCCUCCUUUUGUCUAAUUUACAUUUGGCAUUGAACGUUUCACCUGAAGAGGUCAGUAAGAAAAAGAACAGCGUUGCAAUAUUAACUUUUAAUUGUAUUUUAAUGAUAAGGUCAACCCCUCAUAUUUUUUAUUUACAUUGGCCCAUCCUCCUUAAUUUGUUAGAAUUGUGUUAUAGUCUACAAAUGUGAACAUUUCAAGAAGGAAAGGAAAAAAAAAAAAAUCAAAGAACCUGGUUCCGUUUUACACCAAAGUGCAAUUUGUUGAAGGGACUUAUAACAGUAAUUUUGCUAGAAGUAAAAAUGAAACCCUUAUUGUUUUUUUUCUGUUUUAUCUCAGUGUCAUCUAUUUCUGAUGCAGAUCUCCCCGUCUGAAUGUCCCCGAUGCCUUCAGAGGUGUUAUGGUUUACUGAAAGCUUCCUCUUAAGCUUGUAAAUGUUUGACACUGUAAAUAGGAGCUGCUCGUGUACAGCAGCUCGACGAGAGUUGUACAGAUGGAAACACUAGAGGGAGCAGUGGCUGCAGGAAGAUAAUUGAAAAAGAAAAAAAACGAGGAGAGAAAGAUUCAGUUGAAAGGCAAACAUUUAUUUUUGACUGUUGGUGUAAAUUAUAUCAUCGGUGGUUGAUAGAAAAAAAUCUAAAUUGAAUUUUAGUCUGACAGCUUUGUAGCUACGUGGACGUUUUGCUGAUGGAUGAAGCCUCUGGCCUGAGAGAGCGAGGCAGCUGGAGAUUCUGGUGGACUGAAAGCCAAGGGACCAGAGAAACCUACUGAUGUUCUUGGGUAGAUAUUCAUUUUUGGAUCUGUGUUGCAAACACAAGGUCCUGCAGAAGUGCACAGACGGACAGGUUGCAAGUUUGUGCAUGCUGCUUUUAUUUUAAAACUUGUUUGUUUUUGUUUUUUUUUGGUGGGGGGGGUUAAUUGUAUAAGCUUAGACUUUUGAAUCACGUUCCAAAUUACAGCAGCAAGAAAACCAAACAUCGUACCCUUGAAUUGAGCUCUCAGUUGUUUUCUUCUUGGCCUGUUGUGAUAACCAUUACUAUGGAGAAAUGUUUUUUUAUUUGUUGUCUGUUAUCUUUUUAUUACGGACAGGGAAAUAUCAUGCUUGCUUUUAAAAAUAAAUGUAAAUAAUGUAUAUUUUUCUACAAAAAAACUUAAAAAGCACUCACUAGAGAAUAGCACUUAAUGAUGGUAUUUAUAUUUAAAACAAAAACGUAUUUAUUUUAUUGCCAUUUUUGUAGGAAAUAGAGGUUUACAAACACUAAUGCUUGGUUUCUAUGUUUUAUAUUCCACUGCCUUUUCAAAGUUGUUUUUUUUUUGUUGUAAUUUUAUUUUUUCUUCUUUAAUUUGUAGCUUGAAUGUUUUUCUUUGAUUCCAAAGACUGACGCUGGUCUGUGGUCAGGUUCCCUUUUAGUUCAGUCCACCAGUAGCUCUUUAUCUACCCAAGGCCAUUUGGUCAGAGCUGACUUAUUUUAUUUUUUCUAUUAUUAUUUUAUUUUUCUUAAUAAUUGUCCCAGCUAGCUGGUAGUACGGCAGUCAUAUGACUUAUUAUGCACUUGAGAGAGUUAAGAUUGUGGAUCCAUAGCUGAUAUCUCCUCUCUCCAGCCUUAUUGUCUCCACACCGCAUCAUACGAGAACCAAGUCCAUUUACAGGCUGCUACCAGGCGGUCGUAUCCAGGUGGUUCAAUAAUCAGUCACGAGUCAGCUGGCUUGAGCCAACUAUUCACGUUUGUAAAAUUCAAAGUCCUGUCAGUUUAAGGUGUUGAGUCCCUCUGCAGACUUGGAUUAUGAUAAAGAGGUGCCUUUAUUUUAACUCUACCAACAGCACUCAGCAUAUCUCCAUUGAGCCCGUUUAUUUAUUUAAAGAAAAAAAUGUGUCGUCUUGGUGACCGCUCAGGCUUCACCAGCAUUUGGAAAAUAUCAGUUUUGUUGAUUCUCCUUGGUGUUUGCCUUAGUUGUAAAUGAGCAUGCCUCUUGUUUUGUUUUUUUACAAGCCUCCAUGGCCUGGACCGAAUAUUAAAGCAGACUGUUUAGACCGACUGCUCCCACUUUGCGACUGAAGUCGGCGACUUCGUUUUGUCCCUUUUUGAUGAAUUUAUUGUCCCCUGACGUUCACGCUGAUUUUGUAACGAUCUAAUGGCCGUUAGCAGCUGCUCCCACACUGCCCCGUGUUGUGAACUGAAACUAAAAUAUGACCCACAAAUGGUUUGCACUUUAGCUGUGACACAGGCACUGAAUAGACAGGAAAAACUGCAGCUCUUUCUCCAGACAGACAAUGCAACUCCAACGCUGAAACCACAAGCACAGAUAGUCACUUGGGAUGCUUUUGAGGUUGCGUUACAGUCUCCUGACGACAGUGUUAGGGAUUCUGGAAAAGUGCACUUGAUUCUUUCUCUUUGGCAAAGUGGAGGCAGGGACCACACCAGCAGCCCUCCCCUUCCUAACGGUGCAGUGCGCUCGCCCCCCCCACGGCUGUGUCUCCACCGAUGCUCCUCCACCUCGAUUGGCAGGCCAGUCCGUACAGCAGCACCAAAACUGGGCUCGCUGGGUUCUGCUGCUAAGGUCAACGAUGAAUGUAUAUUCUUGCUCCACAUCAGCAGACUUGUGAUGAUAUUGACACUUUGUCGGCUGUAUUUGUUUUUUCAGUUCUUGUGUAAGCCAUCCUGGUUAGAUCUCAAAAGUUGUAGAUAUGACUUCAUACUGGGCGGCAGCAGCAGCGACAGUUUGAUUUCAGCACUGGGAUUAAUUCUGAAGUAUAGACAGCGGUGGUAUUUCUGUCUGUAGGACCACAGGUUCUUACUGGUCUGGCUCGAACGGUUCACGCCAGCAUUGGUGAUAACACGGUUACUGAUGCUAAGGGCUCUGUCUACCACAUUACAAGCUCCACUUCUGUGUUUUCAGGGUCUGAGUGUCCGGUGAACAAUAAGUCAGUUAUUUUACUGUUUCAGGCAGCAUAUAUACAAUAAGGAAAUGACUUCUGUUGUUUCUUUUGGACAUUUUUACCAUGCCACAACAGUGGCCCUUCUCCGUCUUUAUCUGUAAUUAUAAUAUAAAUACUUAACAGCAUUAUACGGAAACAUGCAUAGUAAUUUCUUGUACCUUAGUAUCUAUACAAUAUAUGGAAUGGACAGACAAACUUAGUUACAGUAGCAAAACAACGGAUUUAUAAUGGUUAAUAGCAAUGUUUCAGUGUACUCUAUAAUGGUUUGUGUUACAGUACUAUCAGAUAAAACUAACGUGCAUCAUUCUUUUGUAUAUUGAUAUCCAGUACCAGUUUUGCUGUGCCUGUGAGCGCUCCUUCACCAGCGAGGAGCGCUGCAGUUUUUCUUUUUCUUUCUGGAACAGAAUGGUUUUUAUGUGAUGAGAAAUGUAACUGUAUUAAUGUGGUUGUGAACUUCUUGAGGUCAGCCAUUUGGGUUCAUUUUUUUCUGGCUGUUGUAGUGAAUGUUUUUGUUUGUUUGUUUGUUUUUGUUUUUUCUUAUUGUUUUUGUUUUGUAUGUUUUUAACAGGGACUUUUAAGACGGCUUACUUGAUGUGGUAAAAUUAAGAGAUUGGUUUGUGGAGACUGACCAGGAGUUUAAAGAUACCACCAAAUGGCAUUUUUUUUGUUUUUUUUUCAUGUCUCCCUGACCACCUCUCCCUCCUCUGAAGCUUUGGUUGUACUUAUCAUGUACUGUUUUUAUAGAAAGUCAUAAUGCUGAUGUUGAAAACAUUUAAUUUAUUUAUUUUUGCGCAGCACCCUGAAUUGUUCUUUUACGAGUCGAGGUUUUGGAGAGGUUGGACGAGUACUUAACGUGUAUUUGUAGUUUUCUAAUCGUUUCUUGUGUAUAGACGUUGUCAGCCUAUGACAGGAUGUGGUGUCACAGAGGGAGCGUACAAGUAGGAUGUGCAAAAAGAGGGCUCAUGAGCGAGCUUGCUUUCUUCUGCCUUUAAUAUACCUUUGUCUUAUAUCGAUAUCUCCACCUCUCUGUAAUAAUGGUAUUCACAUCAGUCUUCUUUUUUUUCCCCAUUCAACAGUGUUCUUUCAGUACACAUCAAUGAAAUGAAGGAAAACCACCACCGUGAAAAUAAACCACAAACUACUUGGUUGAAUGUAUAAUUAGGAAACAAAGUUGUACAUAAAUGUAAAAAGAAAAGUUUCUAAUCAUGUUUAUUUUCUAUGCACUUUUUUAUUUAAGUGAUAGUUUAAAUAAUAAACAUGU